ACCCACUCUUGGUCAAAUACAAACUGCGUCACAGAAUAACGGAGCAGCUGUGCAAGUGGGUGUCUAGUAGCACUGUAACAAGUAAUCAAUACUAAGAUAAUAGCCUACGUUCUGCUUUUGGUUGCAUCAUGGUGAAGUUAGCUUUUAACUCUGCUCUCGCGCAGAAGGCUCUGCAGGGGAAAGAGGCUGGACUUGUCUCGAAAAAGGACCCAGAAACAGCCAGUUGUGUCUCCAGUAGCAGUAAUAAGGAGUCUACAGGAAGAUGUCUCCUCACCCUGCUGGGGUUAGCCUUCAUCCUGUCAGGAGUCAUUGUUGGGGCAGCCUGUCUCUACAGAUACUACACACCCAAGAGGAUGUACCAUGGAGCCAUGCAGUUCAGUGAGGUGUCCAGCAGGGGUGCUGGAGAGAGCCAGCCCUACUAUCUGCCCCGUGUGGAGGAGGAAGUGGAGAUCUCUGACAACAUGGCCGCCAUCAGCAUCCCACCCCCUCGCUUCGCUCAGGGUGACCCUGCCUACAUCCUGCACGACUUCAACAGGAAGCUCACAGCUUACCUGGACCUGACUUUGAAGACCUGUUUUGUGAUUCCUCUGAACACCUCAGUGGUUUUGCCUCCCCAGGACCUCAUGGACCUCUUCAGGCAGCUCAUGUCAGGGUCGUACAGUAACUACCGUAGCUACCUGAUUCAGGAGGAUUUGGUGGUGACGGAGCGUGUCAGUGACAUCACAGAGAUGGGCUUCUAUAUCCACCGGCUGUGUGAUGGGAAAGACACCUACAGGAUGCAGCGCCGCAGCGACCUAGCAGCUGGAGGGAUCCAGAAGCGUUCCGUAGAGGAGUGUUUCACCAUUCACCACUUUGAGAACACCUUUGUCACUGAGACAAGGAUCUGCAAGGCCUGAUGAGAGACCACCUGGAUGAUGUCCAAAGAAAAGAUGAAGAGAGGGAUGGGAAGAGAUGUGAGAACGUGGUCAAUGAUAGAUAUUUUUGUAUGACACCAUUUAUGUAACGUUUCCCUGCUUUCCCUGUGAGCAGUUACAAUUGUCCCUUCUGUUACUAUGGUUACAGUGUUAGCCCCACCCGCAUGUCACCUUUAACCUCUGAUUCCUGUAUAACAACAAAGCUGGCUAGAGGACUUAACUAGGAGAAAAUAUCUUAUUAACAUUGGCACUGAAGCUCUCCAGUAGUUGUAGCCUGUCUCCAUUUCUAUUUGGUUAACUUGGUAAGAAUUGGCUGAUCCCUCAUGAUCUUCUGGUUGGCCAUUGGCUGAUCCCUCCUGAUCUUCUGGUUGGCUGUUGGCCAUUGGCUGAUUCCACCUGAUGUUCUGGUUGGCCAUUGGCUAGUUCCUCCCCUCCGCGCUACUCCUCAACUGAACC